ACGGUCCUCUUCCGCAUCCAUUUUUAGUUCACAGAUUUUCAUUUCGUUUCUGUGUGCUUUAAUCUCUUUUAUUUGCGAUCUUUUUUUCUUAUCUUGGCGCGGUACAGCAGACCUCCUUUCACCAGCUCCCUGUAGCUUUCAGGCAGGUUGACUCGCUCCAAAGGGCGCAUCUUCCGAGCUUUUGAAGUGUCUUGUUGUAUGAUAAAAUGGCAAAGGACGGAGAAAAGGGAGAGUGGAAGGAGUUUAUAUGGAACCCACGAACGAGGGAGUUUUUGGGCAGGACGGCGAGCAGCUGGGGUCUUAUUCUUCUCUUCUAUCUAAUUUUCUACAUCUUCCUGGCGGGACUGUUUGCACUCACCAUGUACGUCAUGCUGCAGACUCUGGAUGACCACAAGCCCACCUGGCAGGACCGCCUCUCCACACCAGGUAUGGUGAUCAGACCUAAAGCAGAUGAAACUUUCGAGAUUGUCUAUGACAUCCAGAAUACAGAGACUUGGGACUUGUACGCCCAGGCCCUGGACAAAUUCCUUGCCCCCUACAACAAUUCAGUUCAAGUCAUGAAAAAUGAUGAGUGUGUCCCGGACCAGUACUACAAACAAGAAGACAGCGGAGAGGUGAAGAACAACCCCAAACGCUCCUGUCAGUUUAACCGCACCAUCCUGGAAGCAUGCUCUGGCAUCGGCGACCCUCACUAUGGAUACCAGGAGGGCAAGCCGUGCAUCAUCAUCAAACUGAACAGGGUGAUUGGGAUGCUGCCGGGAAAGAACGGGAUGGCUCCGUAUGUCACCUGUGGAGCUAAGAGGGAAGACAGUGACAAGAUCGGAGAGUUGAUGUAUUUCCCUCCAAAUGGCACAUUUAAUCUCAUGUACUAUCCUUACUAUGGAAAGAAAGCUCAGGUGAACUACUCCCAGCCUUUGGUCGCCGUCAAGUUUCUUAAUGUCACCCAUAACCAAGAUGUCAACAUUGAGUGCAAGAUUAACGCUGACAACAUUCCCAUUGGGAGCGAAAGGGACAAGUUUGCUGGACGUGUGUCUUUCAAACUAAGGAUCAACACGAAGAACUAGGUUUACCUACAACACUCACUACACCAAACUCUUCCCUCCUUCUUCAUUCUCCGCAACAUUGCACAUUUACAGAAACAAAUGGCAGCAUUGGCACCCUUUUAUAGAAUCUGUUUACAGCACUCACAUAAAUGUGAGACAAAACAAGUCAAAAACAUAAAGUGGGUGGUUAUUCUGUCAUUGUUUCUGUUGGUGAGCUUUGGGACACUCACACUCACUUACUUUUCUGUAAAUUAGUUAACAUCUAUUUAUAGUGCAUGACAAACUUAGGGAUAUACAUGAAAAGAAAGUGAAACUCUUUGCAAGGAUCAGCAAGCGUCACCACUUCAGCUGCCUCCCUAUGAAAUAUCCCUCUAUAUUAGACAUCAAUUACAAUACAAAAUGUGUGUAUCAACAGUAUUUACCGGUAUCAUAACCUUAUAUCAGUAUGUUUUGUGAAAGACAAUAACACAAUAAGAACCAGAUGACAUAUCUCUCCCUGUGUGAACGAUGCUGAGACAACGCCAUUUUUGCAUGUGUAUUUUGUCUUUAGUAUGAGAUAAGGCAGGGGGUCUAUGUGUCCCUCCUCUUUGCUCAAAUAAAUGUUUAAUAAAUAAUUAAGGUUAUGUCGAACACCACUGACCACUAGGGGGAGUGCAGUGAGACAAAUCUCAUAUUAACAUAUACAAACCUUUAAAACAAGUGUGUGCGUUUGUGUGUGUGUGUGUGUGUGUGUGUGAAAGCGGGUUAUGUGUUUCAGUGACAUCUCAUAUUGUAGGUCGGGAAGUUGCAUGCACUGUGCAAUAUUCAUUAAGUGGCAUACAUUAUGAAUGCUUGAUCCCAUUCUUCACAAGAGGACUUAUUCUUCAUUAGUUAUUUUAACCUGGGGGGAAUCAUAUAGCUUUACAUACUUACAGUACUUUCAUACUCAUAUCAAACAUUUCCUUAACUUUAACCAUUGCUGCGUUUCAAGUGUUUUUAUUGUAUUGCAUCUAUUUCUUAUGUAUCUGAAAUAGAUGCCUGUGUCAUAUUUUUAUUUAUUUGCACUUGAAGUAUGCUUUUUUCUUUGUGAAGUGAAAUUAAUAAUGUACAUAAUGUUUUGGGUGGAGAUGGGUUAGACGUUUGUGUUUGUGUUUUACCUUUAUCUCAACUCAUUCACUCUGUCAUGCUCAUUCCCUGAAAUCCUUUUGGAAAUUUAGAUUUAAGUAUAGGAAAGUUGUAGGUGCAUGUAAGAUUACUUUUAGACCACUUAAACCCACAUCAACACAGUUUAAAUACAAGCUUGAAUUUUCUGAAAGUGGUGCUGAUUAGUAGCUAAAUAUAA